UUACAACUAUCUAUUUCAAAUUUAGAUAGAGAAGUUACGAUAGAAUGGCUUAUUUACGAACAUGUUACGAACUGUAGAAAAAUUUUCUAAUAGCAUGGCAUCUCACAACUAAAGCAGACAACGGGGUGGAAAAGGGGAAUAAUAAAAGGCUAUGUACAAUGUGGAUUUCCCUGUCUUGUUUUGUUAUGAUUUCUUUUGGGAAUUCGAAACAGUCAACGGCGGGAUAGAUGUAAUAAACUCGAACUUGGACGGCGUGUUGGAAAAAAACAAACAAAAACACGAGAUGUCAAUAUUGUAAGAGUAUAAAAACGAAAUCAUUAAUCUAGUGUCUUAUUUUUCGCAAUAUAAGUACGAGAAACGUAAAAGGGGCGAGCAUUGCUCAGAGGGCCUUCUGCAGUAUGCUCAGGAUUUAUAAUACAAAGAUAUUAUGGCUGCAGGUGAGGCCAGCACUGCUAAGCCUCGUCAAGAAAAGCAGUACGAUUACUUGUUAAAGUUCUUGUUGGUCGGUGACAGCGAUGUUGGCAAACAAGAAAUACUAAGUGGUCUGGAAGACGGUGCCGCCGAAUCACCGUUUUGCAGUGGCAGUGCAUAUAAAACUACUACUAUCCUGCUGGAUGGGAAAAGAGUAAAAUUGCAAUUAUGGGAUACAUCUGGACAAGGUAGAUUUUGUACAAUUAUCAGGUCUUAUUCGCGUGGAGCGCAAGGCAUACUUUUGGUUUAUGAUAUUACCAAUAGAUGGUCCUUCGAUGGUAUCGAUAGAUGGUUAAAGGAAGUCGAAGAGCAUGCACCAGGUAUACCAAAAAUAUUGGUCGGCAAUCGGCUUCAUUUGGCAUUUAAAAGACAAGUGGGAGAACGAGACGCGGAGGCAUAUGCAGCUAAAAAUCGAAUGGCAUUUUUUGAAGUGUCACCUCUAUGCGAUUUCAAUAUACGAGAAAGUUUUUCAGAACUUUCUCGUAUGGCCUUACAUCGUAAUGGCAUGGAGAGGUUGUGGAGAUCGAAUAAAGUUCCCAGUCUUCAAGAACUCGCAUGCCGUGCAAUAGUUGCAAGAACAACGGUAUAUGGAAUCGAUCAACUUCCAUUGCCUAAGUCUAUUAAAUCACAUUUGAAAUCAUAUGCAAUGACUACAACCUCGCAACAUCGGUAUAAUGGCACUCGCAUGCGUAGCACUAGUAAAAGCUUAAGUUCGCAUCAAAGGAAAUUACGUUUUGUUGGAGUGGGCCAUAAUGGACUAUCCACACCGGGCAACUCUCCUGGUAGUAUGACAGAUUCUCGGACAAGUUGUGUAGGUCGUAAUUCCUGUACAAUAUCUUGAGAUUAAAGCUCAGGUUGCAGUUAUGUUUAAACAUGCAACGUGAUAUCAAAGUUCUUCCAUUCCUGUUACAUUACAUACCCUGUUCUGAUUAAGAAUAUGGCAAUGUAACUUUGUGCAGAAUGAGAUAUAAAUACAUCAUUGAUGGGAUAUCUCUUGGGUAAAAACAAUUUAAGAGAUCAAAGACCUCAUUUUAAUGUUAUUACUAUUGUUAUUCGUACAAAAAAAAUGGUUUUGGUGUCUUAUACACCAUGUUUCCUCAAGUUUGUGGUUUACCAAAAUAUCUAUAAUGAUAACAUCGAGCUUAAAUAACGGCAGUGUAUUGCGAGUAAUUAUAUCGGUGCCAUUUGUUAGACAAACCUGAGACGAAUUUUGACAUCUGCUAAAAAAUAAUUGAUAUAAUUAAAUACGUCUUUUUAUGAUGCCGAUCAUUAAAUACAAGUGGUUUUUGAUAAUGAAAUGAGAUAUGUGCGAGACAAAACAGUAUGUAUAACAAUGCACAGACUUCAAGUAUAUCUAUAUUUUAUUAACGUCGAUUUUAUUGUACUUUUGGCUGUUGAUAUGAAAUUUACUUUUUCAGAAAAACAUCUCUGCAUAGAACUUUUGUUAAGACGAAAUAAUAUCAUUAUAAAGGAUACCUAAUAUAUAGAAAUAUAUUGUUAAAAAGAAAAUUUUUUUAAUAAUAAUUUUAAAUAUAUUCUCUCUAUGUAUAACUGCAACAUACUUUUGAUAAAUAGUAUUGAUGUAAACUAUACGUAUUUUUUAAAAAUUGCAAUAUUUGUGCAUAAUCAUAUUGUAUCUCUAUUAUUUAUGCAUGAUUUUUCAUUCUAAUAACUGAUUUUGACCAUAAAUAUUUAAUAAUCUAACAUCAUAUUUCAUCAUUAUGUUAAUGAAUUGACAGAAUAAUAGUUUUACCAGAGGCAUUAAAAUAUUGAAAGAAGAUCGAUUUAAAAAAUGUUGUUUUAGCAGCAAUGUGUACAUUGUAUUUUUUUCUUGACAAUUUUUUUAUUCUAGGACAUAGUGUGAAAUAUAUUUAUACUAUAUAGGAUUUAACUAAAUUAUCUAUGUAUAUAAAAUGACUAUAUGAUUUAACAUUAUUUUAUAUAUAAAUAAACAUUUUUUGUGUUUCAUUGUCUGGGAGAUUGUAAUAAAACUAGUGAUAUAUAAAUUUAUACAACAGACAUACCUAAUACAUGAACUGUUUAAAGAAUAUAUUAUUUUCCCAAUCUCAAAGAUCGCUAUUCCUUCAAAUGUAAAAACGUAUUUGUAAAAGAAUUAUAUCGUUGUAAAUCGAUAAAAUAGAGUUGACUGUAUUAUUAUUGUAUAUAUUUUGGUUCUAGAAUAAUAAAUCAUUGGUAGUACUGAAAAUAUUUAAUGAGAGGGGCCAUGAAGAAACAAAAAAAAAAUGUGUGAUCAUGAACAAAAUCCUAUUCUUUGUUUAUGUUAAAAGGAAGUCCCUCAUUGAACAUCAAUGCUGUAUAAAACAAAUAUAUCUUCAAACUUGAUAAUUGUAUUUUGCCUCUUUUCUAUUUUUAUUUUUAAAUAAAAA